CUUUAAUCAUCAUAUCCUACAAACCUGAAAAAGAGCGCCGGUUGAUUCGCAUUUAACCUCGGAGUGAAGGAAACCCAAGACAUUUUGCCUAUUUUUUUUAAGUAGGGGACUUAAGGACUCCUCCAUAAAAACAGGAAGUCAGGCAAACGCCUCGGACUACAACAUUUCCCUUUUCGUUCAAGAUGGCGGGCGACGAGUCAGGAGUAACGCUGGGGCAGCCUCAUCUUUCCAGGCAAGAUCUCAAUACUCUGAAUGUGGGUAAGCUAACUCCCCUCUCGCCAGAAAUCAUCAGUAGGCAAGCCACAAUUAACAUUGGUACAAUCGGCCAUGUAGCCCAUGGGAAGUCGACAGUUGUGAAAGCGAUCUCGGGCGUUCACACUGUCAGGUUCAAGAACGAGCUGGAGAGGAAUAUCACCAUCAAGCUUGGCUACGCAAAUGCAAAGGUUUACAAGCUAGACGACCCCAACUGCCCCAGGCCUGAGUGCUACCGGUCAUGUGGCAGCAGCACUCCAGACGAGUUUCCCACAGAUAUCCCAGGGACGAAGGGCAACUUCAAACUGGUCAGGCAUGUGUCCUUCGUGGACUGUCCCGGCCACGACAUUCUCAUGGCCACCAUGCUGAACGGGGCUGCUGUGAUGGACGCCGCUCUGCUCUUGAUAGCUGGCAAUGAGUCGUGCCCUCAGCCCCAGACUUCUGAGCACCUGGCUGCCAUUGAGAUCAUGAAGCUGAAACACAUCCUGAUCCUGCAGAACAAGAUCGACCUGGUGAAAGAGAGCCAGGCCAAGGAGCAGUAUGAGCAGAUCCUGGCGUUUGUGCAGGGCACGGUUGCGGAAGGAGCCCCCAUCAUCCCCAUCUCCGCCCAGCUGAAGUACAACAUCGAGGUGGUGUGCGAAUACAUCGUGAAGAAGAUCCCCGUGCCCAUCCGCGACUUCAUUUCGGAGCCCCGGCUCAUCGUCAUCCGGUCGUUCGAUGUGAACAAGCCGGGCUGUGAGGUGGACGACCUCAAGGGUGGUGUUGCCGGAGGGAGUAUAUUGAAAGGAGUCCUGAAGGUGGGUCAGGAGAUAGAGGUCAGGCCGGGCAUCGUGUCAAAGGACCACGAGGGAAAGCUCAUGUGCAAACCCAUCUUUUCCAAGAUCGUCUCGCUGUUCGCGGAGCACAACGACCUGCAGUAUGCUGCCCCUGGGGGCCUGAUCGGUGUGGGCACAAAGAUCGACCCGACGCUGUGCCGAGCGGAUCGCAUGGUGGGCCAGGUCCUGGGCGCUGUGGGGGCGCUGCCCGAGAUCUUCACCGAGCUGGAGAUCUCCUUCUUCCUGCUGCGCAGACUGCUGGGCGUGCGCACUGAGGGGGACAAAAAGGCGGCCAAGGUACAAAAGCUGUCCAAGAACGAGGUGCUGAUGGUGAACAUCGGCUCGCUGUCGACUGGGGGCAGAGUCAGCGCAGUGAAGGCCGAUCUGGCCAAGAUCGUGCUGACGAAUCCCGUCUGCACCGAGGCGGGGGAGAAGAUCGCCCUCAGCCGGAGAGUGGAGAAGCACUGGCGUUUGAUCGGCUGGGGCCAGAUAAGGAGAGGCGUGACGAUCAAGCCCACGGUGGACGACGACUGAUGCGAGGCCUUAACCGGCUGAAUAUAUAUAUACGUACACACCACCCAAGUCAUCUGUUCAGAACCACGGAGCUCUCCGCAGAAUGCAAGCUGACUGUCUGGACUGGAAUCAUAGGGUUCUGCUUUUUAAAUGGAAUUGUUUAACUCCCAUAACAGAUUUGCAUAAUUUAUACAUACAACAGAGGUUAGUUUUGGGAUCACAGAGGUUUGAUAGUAUGUCAACACCUAUCAACGAAAUCCAUUAAAAAAAUCUUUUGAACAAA